AGGGGGCGGAGUGAGCUGGCUCGGUGUGACCGGGAGUCGCUUACGCCCGUGUCUCCCCGAGAGCCCGCCCUUCUUGGCAGGCCGGCCAGGGUGAGGUGGGGUGGGCACGCCCUGGGCCCCUCAGAAUUCCUGGUGUCAGGGCCUCCCUCCCUGCCGCCUCCUUGAGCCGCGCUGUGGAGGGCACAGCAGCUGGCUGGCCUGCAAGUAUCUUUUCCUCCUCCCACUGGUCUGAGUUGCCCCUUGUCCCGGGGACCAGCAGACCCUUCCUGAGGGCCCAGGCCGGCUCCUGAGGCCGCCUCCUCCCCCUCCCCACUGGCUGGGUGGGGGUGGGAAGGGGGAGGGUGCAGCCAGCUGAGCCCUGAUGAUUUCCUGCCCUCACCCGGCGCUCACCACAGCUUCCUGCCACAGGCAGGCAGGCACUGAGGAGAGGCAGGCGCAGAGUCCAGGGGCAGGUAGGGCUGGGGCACAGGGUCUGUGUAGGGGUGGCUGGCGCCAGACUCCAGGUCAGGGCCUCACCGCCCUGGGUUCAAGGGUCUUCCAGAGCCUGCGCUGACGCCCGCUGAGGGGAGGAGACCCAGGGAGCCCCCGAGGAGGGCGCAGCUGCCCCCCACCAGGCUCCCAGCCUCGUGCCCGCUCAGCCCCUGUACCCUUUGUGGCCUGGCCCUUGCCCUGCUGCUGCUCUGUCCCCAAGGGGUGUGCGGCGAGCAGCUAGGCCCGGUCCACGCUCUCCCCUGCAGAUGGAGGCAGGCAGCCUGGUCCUCUUUGUGCUGGGCCUCCUGCUGCUGCCUCUCUUGGCUGUGCUGCUGAUGGCAUUGUGUGUGCGUUGCCGAGAGCUGCCAGGUGAGUGGGUACUGGUGGGGUGUCUGGGUGCUCAGACACACCGACAGGGAUCCUCACCCCACGCCCCAACUCCUUUGUCCCUCUUUAACUUUCGAGUCGCUGAGAGCCCCGUACUCCAUCACCCUCUGCCCUCGUCACCCCCUUUUCCUGCCUCACGGGCCCUCUCUUCCCCAGGCUCAUAUGACACUGCUGCCUCCGAUGGUUUGACCCCAAGUAGCAUCGUGAUCAAACCGCCUCCCACAGCCGCCUCCUGGCCACCAGCCACUUCCUACCCGCCUGUGACCUACCUGCUCCAGAGCCAGCCAGACCUGCUCCGUAUCCCGAGAUCCCCACAGGCCCCCGGAGGCUCCCCCCGCAUGCCGUCUUCCCAGCAGGACUCAGAUGGUGCCAACAGUGUGGCCAGCUAUGAGAACGAGGGUGCGUCAGGGGCCCCGGCGGCCCUGGUUGGGAGGAGGCUGGGGCCUGUCCUGGGCUCCGCUGACCCUGUGUCGUUACCCACCCCAGAGGCAGUCUGUGAGGAUGCGGACGAAGAUGAGGAUGAGGAAGACUAUCCCGAGGGCUACUUGGUCGUGCUUCCUGACAACGUCCCGGCCACUGGCGCCGCCGUCCCACCAGCUCCUGCGUCCAGCAACCCUGGCCUCCGAGAUAGCGCCUUCUCCAUGGAGUCGGGGGAAGAUUACGUGAAUGUCCCUGAGAGUGAGGAGAGCGCGGAUGCGUCUCUGGAUGGGAGCCGGGAGUACGUGAACGUGUCCCAGGAGCUGCCGCCCGUGGCGAGGACCGAGCCUGGUGUGUGUCGGGGGAGCCGGCCGGAGUUCCCAGGAGGUGGAGGGUGAGGAAGCUCCAGAUUACGAGAAUCUGCAGAUCCACUGAAGGCCCGGUGAGAGGCCCGCCCGGCCCGGCCCUGCCCCGGGCCUGCGGGCCCUCCCCGCCCUCUCCUCUCUGAGUCUGGGGCCCCUGUGGCCGCCACCGACCUCCUGACCCUGUACCCCUCCCUCUGUCCCUGGCCCGCUGUGUUUCAGUGGGAGGCCACGUGGGGUCUGGAGCCAGCCUUGCCUGGGAGUGCUGAGCUGAGCAGCCGGCAGCGGCUCUGUGGCCCCCACUCGGCAUCCCGCCCCGCCUCCAACCUGACGACAGCCUGAGAACUCUCCCCCUAACUUAUUGUCACUCCGGGGUCCCGUCCGUGUGGCCCCAGUACUCUGCACCUUCUGAUGCAGCCUGAGAACAAGCCACCCUGGCCCCAGCCCUGCUCUGUAACAGAAUAAAGGCUGCUGUGGUCCGUAGUGCUCUUAGCUUUGGGGGGCCCAGUGGGUCGGAGUCAGGGUGAGGGUGGGCUGUGUCUGAGGUCCUGAGUGUGUGUGUGUGUGCGCGCACGUGUGUGUGUGUGUGUGUGUGUGUGUGUGGGUCUCCAUCCUUGCAGACCCUCUGUGCUCCCGAGGGUCCUGACCAGGUAUGUGUGAGUGACUGGACGAAGCCUGGGACACGUCACCUUCUGAGUGAGGCAGUUCUGAGCCCAGCUGGCACUCCUGGGGCUCAGGUGCAUCUCCUCAUGAGUUAGUCCUUGGAAGUGGCAGACGACGGCCGAGGUGAUGGGAGAACAGGGCAUGGGGAAGCGCUGGGUGGGCGUCUAGAGCAAGACCCUUCCCCACCGGCCCCUGGUUUCUCCAUCUUUAAAACAAGGGGGUGGACUUGAUGACCUCAAAGGGCUUGCUUUUUUAAAAAAAAUUAAUUAGUUUUUGGCUGCAUUGAGUCUUUGUUGCUGCGCACGGGCUUUCUCUAGUUGCAGAGAGCACGGGUUACUCACUGCGGUGGCUUCUCAUUGCGGAGCAUGGGCUCUAGAGCGCAGGCUCAGUAGUUGUGGCGCACAGGCCCGGUUGCUCCGUGGCAUGUGGGAUCCUCCCAGACCAGGGCUUGAACUUGUGUCCCCUGCAUUGGCAGGCAGAUUUUUAACCACAGUGCCACCAGGGAAGUCCCUCAAAUGGCUUUCUUAAUUCUUACUUUUUGUGGUCCUUAAUAAAACAGAACUUUCAAAAUUGUCUAAGCAACUGAAAAAGUUAACGGGCAGCACAGUCCUCUUCAGACUUGACUUAGAGAUGACUUACCUGGGGGUUUUGCGAAAAUGCAGAUUCUGAUUCAGUCCAUCUGGGAUGUAGCCUGAGACUCUGCAUUCCUAACGAGCUCCCAAGUGGUUCUACUGCUGCUGCUCCAAGACCCCCCACUCUGAGUACGAGGGUCUGGUGGAUACCCUGGUCGUUGGGACUGGCCCCCGUGCGGGCGUGUGACAACCUGGCCAGAGUGAGGCCCAGCGCUGGACAUGAGCAGGAAGUGUCAGGAAGGAGAAGCUUUUUUUUUUUUUUUGUGGUACGCGGGCCUCUCACUGUUGUGGCCUCUCCCGUUGCGGAGCACAGGCUCCGGACGCGCAGGCUCAGCGGCCAUGGCUCACGGGCCCAGCCGCUCCACAGCAUGUGGGAUCUUCCCGGACCGGGGCAUGAACCCGUGUCCCCUGCAUCGGCAGGCAGACUCUCAACCACUGCGCCACCAGGGAAGCCCAGGAGAAGCUUUUUGUUCAUGGCAGUUGUGAAGCUGGGAGAAUGUGGUCCUGGAGCCCCCACCUGGAGAGCAUCCCAAGAAUGAAGCCAGUAUGGAAGAGAGAAGGCCUGGAGGUGGGCAGGGCUGGCUUCCUGGUGGUGUCAGAAUGCCUGGAUCUAGUCACACCUGAAGCGAGAUAUCCCCUCAGACUCUGGUUACUUGGGCCAAUAAAUGACCAGUUUUCUUCAA